UUGUUCAAAAACCAAUCCAGCAAAUGCAGAAAAGCUUUGAAAGUUUUCGUUUUUGUUUCGAAAUCCAAAGUGACAACUAUUAUUAAUUAUUCGUACAAUUAAAUUAAGCAAAAGUAGUUCGUAAUUUCAUUUAUAUAUCAAAAGUUAAUUUAAUUCACAAAUUUAGGAAUAAAAUACUUUAAAAUUAUUUAAUGCUUUGCAUAGAUGUUUACCAGUUUUCAUUCCCACUCCGAACCGGAACUAUCGUUCCAGCGCGGAACAUUAUCGUUCCCGACGGCUCGUACGGUCACAUCACUAGUCUCAGUUGAAGUCAGUACGCGGAAAAAUACGGAUGUAUUGUCGGGUGCGUGUGGCCUAGCUUCCGUAUCGUAUCGCAUCUUCCGCUCGGUCGUAAUUGUUUAGAAACGUAAAGAGUUAAAGUGGUGGAAAAAAAAUAUAUAUGGCAACAAAUACAUAACCAGUGUUACUAUUUCAGUAGUGAGCCCAACUUAAUUUCUCCCCAAAAACAAAAAAACAUUCGAGUUUGUGUGUGUAACCAAGGCGUAUCUACCGCAAGAACGUGUAAAAAUCCCCCUCCACGGCGCGCGGUCUGCCGGUGGAGAGGAGGGUAUACGGUAAGGAAAAAAGUCAGUAGUGUAACGUUUAGUGUAAGUGGCCGCCGUGUAAUACACUGCUCCGACUGCAUCGUAUCCCGGUCCGGCUUCCAAGCAAACACACGCACAAACGUCCAAGCGGAGGAGUGUUUUACCCGGUGCCCCCCCCCCCCCCCCCAAGGUGUGGUGGGCGACCCCCGUUUGUACAGCGACCGUCCGCCUGACGUUCUAACAAACCUGGCGAACACCUCGAACAGUGCCGGUGGUGGACCGGAACGGCCAUCACCACCAGCGGACGAAGGUAGCCAGCAGCCGCAGACAUCGCAUUCCACCGUCGGGUUGACAGUCGGCAGCAGUACUAGCAGCGGCGGCGCCACUAACGUUCGCAAUACAUCCGCCGGGCCCGGGCAACCGGGAACGGUGCCCGCCGGUAGUCGGAAUGUCCCAGUAGCGUCCGGUACGUCGACAGCGGGCGGUAUGGCCGGUCACACGAGCGGUGCUGGUUCCUCGUACCCAUCCACCUCAGGCAAUAGCAAUCAGCAGCAUGUGAAUCAUCAUCUUCACCAGCACCAUCAUCAACAGCAGCAAAACCAUGGCAAUAAUAAUAGCAAUAAUAAUGAACCGGAUGGAGGGAUCGGGGAAUGGAACCCGCUAGAGCACGGUGGUGGUGCCGGCGGUGGCAAUGGAGGCGGUAAUAAUCACAACCACCAUCACAACUCCCCGGCGGCGGGUGGUAAUAAUGCACGGGAAAAUAAUAAUGCCGGCAACAACAACAACGGCAACAACAACGUGGCAAACCAGAAUGCGGAGGAAAUCGAUCGGUUCAGCUUUGAGGAUUCGGACCGGUUCGAGGAGGACUCACUGUGCAGCUGGAGCUCCGAACCGGAGAGCGUGUGUAAUAACUGGCGCGGCUGGAAGAAACCGGCUGGUAUGAUUAAUUCGUUCGGCGGUGGUUCCGGUCGUCGAUUCAAUGAGGGUGAACCAACCUCCCUGACGGAGCUGUCCGCACGUUGCGUCGCAUUCUACAUCCCGUUCGAGCUGGUCGAACAGAUGUAUCCACCAGUGCCGGAACCGAUCAUGCUGCGUAUUGCCUUCUGGAGCUUCCCGGAUAACGAGGAGGACAUACGGCUGUACUCGUGCCUAGCGAACAGCUCCGCCGACGAGUUUCAUCGCGGUGAGCAGCUGUUCAAAAAUCGCGCCGUCAAGGAUCCGCUCCAGAUUGGGUUCCAUCUGUCGGCGACGGUCGUGCAGACGCAACCGCGCAACCAGUACAACGUGGCGGUCACAUUUGAUAGGCGAAAAAUUUCAUCGUGCAGUUGCACGUGUUUACCCACCACCUACUGGUGUUCGCAUGUGGUCGCCGUCUGCCUCUAUCGGAUACAUUGUCCUACCAAAGUGAGCCUACGGGCACCAGUGUCGGAGUCGCUGUCACGGUUGCAGCGCGAACAGUUGCAAAAAUUCGCCCAGUAUCUGAUCAGCGAACAGUCGCAGCAGAUACUGCCGAUCGCUCAACGUUUGCUGGACGAGCUGCUCAGUGCACAGCCGACGACGAUCAACACGGUGUACGGUGCGCCGGACCCAACCGCCGGUGCGUCCGUGAACGAUCAGACGAACUGGUAUCUGGACGAGAAGACGCUGCACGAUAAUAUUAAGAAGAUACUGUUCAAGUUCUGUCAGCCCACGCCGAUGGUGUUCAGCGAUGUUAACUACCUGACGAACUCGGCACCACCGGCAGCGGCGGAGUGGAGUUCACUGCUUCGGCCGUUGCGCGGCCGCGAACCGGAGGGCAUGUGGAAUCUGUUGUCGAUCGUGCGCGAAAUGUACCGCCGGUGCGAUCGGAACGCGAUACGGCUGCUGGAGAUCAUCACCGAGGAGGUGAUGGCAUGCGAUCAGAUAUUGGUUUGGUGGUUCAACAUCAAGCUGGCACUGCUCGUCGGUUCGAAUGGACACGGCGGAGGUGGUGGUGGCGGUGGCGGUGGUAAGCAUGGGAAUACACACAGCAAUCUGAACGCUACGCAGCACGCGUGCGCUUCGCUCUGCGACGAAAUCGUUGUGCUGUGGCGGCUUGCCGCCCUCAAUCCCGGCCUCGCACCGGACGAGCGUGAUAUGCUGCACGCACAGUUUACCACCUGGCAUCUGAAGAUACUGGACCGCGUGGCAAAGAAUAUGGUUGCCUCAUCAUCGCACAGCAGCAAACAGCAGCAGAAUCUGCGCAACGAUGCGGAACUGUUUGCCGGGUUUAAGCCGGCGAUCGAAGCGUGCUACCUCGACUGGGAGGACUAUCCGAUCGAAGGUGUGACGCACACGCAGGAUACGAACCCGAUGUAUCACUGCCCGUUUACCUGCUUCAAGCAGAACAGUGACACGCGCAUCGACACAACCGUGCCGGCGCAGGUUACCUCGACCGGGGCCUCGAUCGCGAUGUCACAGGGGAACGUGAAACAGUUUCAGAUGAUGGUACAUCAUUACCAUCAUCAUCAUAGUUACCAUGCCGACUAUCCGCAACCGCAACGGAAUCUUUCGAUGCCAACGACGUCGAACGUAGGUGGCGGCCUGGUAGGUGGCAGUACGGAUCGCUACCGUAACAUUACGACCGUGGCGACAAGCAGCACACGAACAGUGGAACAGCAGCAGCAUGGUGGUCCGAGCACGUCCGGACUGGUGCCAGCAUCGGUUGCUUCAACAGCAUCGACAAGCGGCGUGGCGGCUGUCAGCACUGACGGCGCUCCGAAUGUAGGUAGUACGGAGAGAAACGAAAGCUCCAGUCAUGGAAUUGGUGGCGGUAGUACGGGCGAUUACGAUCCAUCCAUCGACGAUAAUGCGAACAACGGCGGAGGUAAUAGCAAACGCAGCGGCGGCGUGGGUGAUGUUGGUAGUAAAAAUCAUCAUCAUCGUAGCAGAGCACAUCGCGACCGGUUAACGUACUGCUCAUCUAGUAAUAAUAGUAGCAGCGAUAGUGUACCGGAUCGAUUACAGCAGAGUGCCGGCGAGGCCGGUACGGCGGAAGGCGACCCCGGCAAACCAAUGCCGGGAACAUCGGUUGCAAAGCUGGAUGGAGCGAGCCGCAGCGGUAGCGUCGGUACGCGUAACGUUGGUGUGCGGUGUGAUGCGAUCGGUGCCGGCGGUAAUCGUUCCAGCGUGAGCAGUGAAGGAUUCUGUGAAAAUGAAGACGAUCUGGCAGUGGGCGCGGACGACAAGCUGCAACACUAUCUGCAACUACCGGGCGAUGCGGCGAAGAAGAACGAUGAGGAUGGCGGCAAUGUGUUGCCGAUCAGUGGUGCAAACGUUGGUGACAUCGGUGGUACCGGGACGGUCGGCGCCGUCGAUCCAAACCUACCGCUGCUGAGCGUUAGCAAUUCUUCCUCCAGCUCGUCAUCCUCCUCCACCUCCCUGUCGUCCAGUUCCGCAGCGACGGAUCUGCUGCAGAAGAAGAAGGUAGCCGCCGAGGGUACGGGUUCGCUGUCGAGCGAAUCGAGCAACGAAAAUAGCAUCCUGAACGAUAUGAACAAUUACGAAAUAUCGGGCAACAUUAAGCUGUACGAGGUGCUGAACAUGGUCGAGUCGACCGGUGCCGGUAAGCCGGAACAUGCGACUAACGCCGCCACCAAACACACCAGUGCCAAACGACAUGGUUCGAGCGGCGGUUCGCCAGACAACGCUCUGAACAGUGCUGAUCAUGUUGCACAAUCAGCGGCGGACGGAGCGACUGCAGCCGCCGGCGCCGCCGCCGCCGAAGGGUUGAUAACGGUUACGCAACAGCAACCCCAACCAUCGACAUCACAGCACACAAACACCGCUAGCCAGCAGCAAAAAGGACCGAAACAGCAACAGCAGCACCAGUCAGCGGCACAACCACACGGCGGUACGGCCGACACAAAGCAGCAGCAGCAGCAGCAGCAAAUGUUUUCCAACAUCAAACCGACGGAAGACGCGUGGGACAUUCUGUUUGCCCGUGCGGAAGGGUUGCACGCCCACGGCCAUGGCCGGGAAGCGUGUACGCUCGGUGUGCGCCUUGCGUCGGAAAUGCUUGCCAACCCGCCCAACCUAAUGAUCGAUCUUCCACCGCCGCCGAAGAAGAAAGGCAAAAAGCACAACGUUAACCCGAUCUCACAUCAGCUGAGCGUGCUCGCAUCGGCUACACUGUCCAAGUGCGCCUUCCUCUGUACGGUGCUGGCGGAAAACUCGGAACAUUACCAUCUGGCGUUUCGUGUCUGUUUGUUCGGUUUGGAAAUGUCACGACCACCGGCAAGCACGAAACCGUUGGAGGUGAAGCUUGCCAACCAGGAGUCGGAUCUGCUCGCACUGCUGAAGCGCAUCCCGCUCGGCAACGAGGAGCUGAAAGCGAUACGGGACCGGGCGGAACAGUUGCGCGACGGUACGCUGAAAUCGCGCGGCGAAGCACUGCUGCCGAUCAUGCUUGCCAGCUUUCUGUUCGAUGCGCUCGUUAUGCCGUCGGUCGUCGGUAGGGAAAAUCGGUUAAAGAUGAUGAGCAGCGUUUGUCGGUAUCCGACCGAUGAAAACCUUGGCUUCGAAGCGGCCGUAUCAGCGCUCGGGCUGAAGGCGAACGUUUCCGAGGCGGAACAUCCGUUGCUGUGCGAGGGUACCAGGCGGCAGCGGGGCGAUCUAGCGCUUACGCUGCUUUCGUACUACAAGGAUGAACCGCGCAAAAUUUGCCGCAUCAUGGAGAAGUUGCUCGAUCGGGAGAUACACGUCCUGAUUAAAACGCCACUGCUACCGUCGUACUAUUCGAACAAUCCGCCAACGCGCAGCCAAACCUCACAGCUGCGGCUAGAUGAGUAUGAGGCGGGCAACAAUAAUGGGGGCGGUAGUCAUCACCAUCAUCCACAUCAGCUGCAGCCGUACGGUGGGAAUGGAGGUGGUCGUAGCAGCAGUAGCACAGGGAGUGCCGAGUUGCAACAGCAACCGGUCGGUUCGGUGGCGGCUUCCCAUCUAUCUCAGGGUUCGGAGUUUGGGCUGGCGAACAGUAGCCGACCGCAGAGCAGUACCAGCGCCGAGGUGGAGGCAGGCAUCGGUGCGCUGAAUCUAGGUGGCGGCGUCCCCACCACUAAUGCGAACGGUUCGAGCAAUAGCGGUGGAACAUCCUCUACCACCACCACCACUACUACCACCACCUCGAAUGUGGGGUCGGGAAUGUUGGGUGGUGCGACCACAACGACUGCCGGUACCGGCACCAGCAGUAGCAAUGCGAACGCUGGUGGUUCUUCAGCCUCAUCGACCGCGCCGGUCACAACCGGUGCGACGUCCUCGGUAACGUCGACCCGCUCGAAAGAUUCACGGUACAAGGGCAAGCGGGCGUACCCCUCCAUACCGAACCAACCGUCGGAGGCGAGCGCCCACUUCAUGUUCGAGCUGGCCAAGAAUGUGCUGACGAAGGCGGGUGGCACAUCGGCUACGUCACUGUUUACGCAGGCGACCACCACCCAGAACCAUCAGGGUCCGCACCGCGGUCUGCACAUGUGCGCCUUCCAGCUCGGUUUGUACGCGCUCGGGCUGCACAACUGCGUCAGCCCGAACUGGCUGUCCCGCACGUACUCGUCGCACGUGUCGUGGAUUAUUGGGCAGGCGAUGGACAUUGGUGCGCCGGCGAUAUCGUUUCUAAUCGACACGUGGGAGGGCCAUCUAACGCCACCGGAAGCGGCCGGUAUGGCGGAUCGUGCCUCGUCCCGCGGGUGGGACAGCAAUAUGGUGAAUCCGGCGGCUGAGCUAGCGCUGUCGGUGUUACCGCACGCCGCCGCCCUGAAUCCGAACGAGAUACAGCGCGCGAUCUUGCAGUGCAAGGAGCAGAGUGAUCGUAUGCUGGAGCGUGCCUGCAUUAUGGUGGAGACGGCGGCGAAAGGCGGCGGUGUUUAUCCGGAGGUGCUGUUUCAGGUGUCACGGUACUGGUACGAGCUGUACCUGCGGAACACGCCCGGCGGUGAGAUGGAACCGGACGAGCAGCAUGAUGUGGUGGUUAAUCUGAUGCAGCUAAUGGAACCGGGUGCGGAUGGUGGUGUGCUCGGUGCACCGAUCAGCGGUGUUCCAUCGCAACCGGGUGGGAAUGGACCGGCCGGGGGUGUACCACCGCCGGUCGGUGGUGGUAGUACACCGCAGCAACCGUACCCACCGCAUCAGCAUCAGCCCGUAUCGGGUUUGGCACCGAUCGGUAUGACACCGUACGGUGGUUACGGCUAUGGUGCUGCUAUCUACCACCAUCAGAACACGCUCCAGUACGCACAUCCAACGAAUCCGGUGCACCAGAUGUAUAUGGCAACACCGCUCCAGUUUCAGUAUCCGCCUCCGCCACCGCCCGGUGGUCAGGGUGGUCAACCGCAGCAACCACAACCAUCGGCUGUGGGGUAUGGGCAGCAACAGCAACCACCCCAGCAACCGUUAGGCUCGAUGAAUCCUGCCGCCGUUGCCGCGUACCAGUCGAUGCAGCAGCAUGGUGUGCCGCCGCAGGCCUACGGUACACCGCCUCAGUAUCAGGCGGUACCGGGUGUGCCGGUACAACCGCAAGGACCACCAACCAAUCCGGGGGGUCCGAUGGCACCGAAUAUGCAGCAGUUCUACGGCGGUUCACAGGCGGCCGUUGCUGCUGCGAUGCAACACCAGCAACAGCUGCCGGGCGUCCAACCGGUACAGGUCGGUGGCCCGCAGGGACCGCCGCAGCUAGCACCACCGAUGCCACCGGCCGUUGCUGCUACCCAGCAGCAGGGCGGCGUUAGCUGCCCGAUGGGACCGGGUGGACCGCAAGGUCCGGCACCGGCCCAGCAAGUCCCCGCCGGUAUGCCGGUCGUCGGCCCCGGCAGCAAUAGCAUGCGUCCCCAGCACGGUGUUGGUGUUGGUGGACCACCGUACGGUGCCGGUUACGGUCCGGCCACCGUAACCGGUGGUUCCGGCACAGGGAUACAACCCCUUCCGCCCCAGCAGUCUGGCACCGGUAACACAAGCGGGCAGGUCGCACGUGCCCGUCAUCCGCAUCAUUCCAACACGGCACAGUUGCGCUAUCUGCUCGCGACGUACAAUGCGGGCAUGCUGGCGCUGGAAACACUCGCCCGGCGCGUCCAUGACGAUCGGCCACAGGCGAAGUAUGCGCGCAACCCACCGUACGGUGAGGAUGUCAAGUGGUUGCUGCGCAUCUCGAAGAAGCUCGGCACACAGUAUCUGCAUCAGUUUUGCGUUUGCGUCGUCAACUCGAUCGUCAGCCCGUUUGUACUGCACGAGGUUGCCAUCGAAUCGGCACACUAUCUCUCACGGAACAAUCCUGCGCUCGUGAUGCAUCAUCUCCGGUCUGCCCUAACACCGCUCAUGAGCAAAUGCCAGAGCAUGUAUUUCCAAUGUAUUCAUCAAAAGCUGUACCAUCUCACGAUAGCGGAUUAUGAGGACUUUACCAGCACUAUCCUUUCCGCGCGUAAUGCGUUCCAAAUUACACCGGAAGGUAAUGCACAGUUUAAGGACUGGUUGCAAUCAAUUAAACGGUCCAAAUCGUGCAAGAAAGAAUUAUGGACACAAAUAAAUGCCGCACUCAACUCUAAAUGACAUAGACUCGAUUCGAUUGGAUCGGAGCUGAAUAUGAUGCUAGCGGCGGCAGCAGCAACGGCUGCAUCGGCAGCGACAUCCAACAGUUGCAGCAGUAUAAGCAAUGAGCCCAGUUAUAGUAU